CUAUUAAGCCAAAAACAUAAUGGUAACCGCAGCCAACACUUUAAAGUAUGAACUACUUUCAUUGAAUGAACUACUUUCAUUGAAGCAGACGGGGUACAUGAUGUAAACAUGAAUUUCACAAGGAUUUAGGCCUACAAUCAUGAGUCUAUGGGGAUGGAUAAUGAUGGAGUUAUUGGCCACAACCAAUACUACAUAAUAAUGUUGUUUUAUAUCGAGAGAUAGUCCUGUAAAAUGAUCUGUUUACUUACUGCUAUUUGUCUCCAUCUGCUGUUGAAGAAGGUCAUAUACGGACUAUGUCUUAGUGACAGCCCACUUCAGUGACAUGCUCAGGCUUUCACGCCCCAGUCUGGCUGUAAUUUGAACGCCAGAAGCAAUACGGAUUUUGCAGAAACUGGCAGCCACGUCACCGCUAGUCUGACCAACUUUCCCAGCCCUUUGCGGAAAGUGCUGCAGAGGAAUCCCUAUGCAGAAUAUCUAUAAUGAACGUUUAUGAGCAUUUAUGGUGAUUUCCAAAGAACAAGAGGACAUAACAUUUGGGAAAUUUUGAGUUAUUUUUUUUAGGGGAGUCUCAUUUUACAUACGUUAUUGUUUUGUCUUCGCCUGAAGACUACUUGGAGGCCUCAUUCUUACAGAUUUGCACCAAUAUUUCGGCUCUUUAUUUUUGGAAUACCAAAACAGCACCAUGAAUAUCUUCCGUCUAGCCGGUGACGUGUCACAUCUCGUUGCUAUCAUCAUUCUAUUUAUGAAGAUACGGAGGUCAAAAUCCUGUGCCGGUAUUUCUGGGAAGUCUCAGGUGCUUUUUGCAUUAGUCUUCACUACAAGAUACUUGGACCUGUUCACGAGCGUAAUCUCCAUCUACAACACAGUUAUGAAGGUGGUGUUUCUGGCUUUGGCAUAUGCCACUGUGUACCUGAUCUACAUGCGCUUCAGGAGCACCUUCGACUCAGAGAGUGACUCAUUCCGUGUUGAGUUCCUGCUUGUGCCUGUGGCUGGGCUUUCCUUCCUGGAAAACUAUGCAUUUUCCCCCUUGGAGAUCCUGUGGACCUUCUCCAUCUACCUGGAGUCAGUGGCCAUCUUGCCCCAGCUCUUCAUGAUCACCAAGACCGGCGAGGCAGAGUCCAUCACCACCCACUACCUGUUCUUCCUGGGUCUCUACCGAGCCCUGUACCUGGCCAACUGGGUGUGGCGCUACCACACCGAGGGCUUCUUUGACCAGAUUGCUGUGGUGUCCGGUGUGGUGCAGACGAUUUUCUACUGUGACUUCUUCUACCUUUACGUUACCAGGGUGCUCAGAGGAAGUGGAAAGAUGUCCCUGCCCAUGCCCAUCUAAAGAGAGUCAGUGCUGUUUUACGCGACAGUUGAGCAGUUCAGUAACUGAAAGCACCUCUGCCCACCAAUAAUACUUAGUAAUGGACUACAGUCUGCAGUGUCACAGUACCCCCUGUAUACCCUGGGGGGUAUAUACUGUACCCAGAGGGCAACCGUCGUGUUGUUGGUACCUGGUGUGCUUUUCCCUAGACUAAAAUGACCAAAGAACGAUUGUCCUAUGUUUUUGUGCCUGAGUGUGUGGAACUGAAUGUUAAUGGGAAUUGAGUAAAUUGAAUACUGUGGGAUUUUUUAUUUUUAUUAUACUUUUUUUUUCAUGGAGGCAAAUAUUGUCCCACUUGAAUUAGUCCAAUGGAGUUUGUGCCUUAUUUUUCCUUUUCUAGUAAAUGGCAUAUUUGAAUGUCUUAUUACAUCAGAAUGGUGUAAACAUUGUAUAUAUGUGAGACGUUUGUUCUGCUUUCCUGUCUUUUUACAAUUUCUACAUAUAACAGUGACCAACCUUCAAGGCUUACAUUGUUUCACCAAGCAGAGUUCAUUGGGAGUCUUGUAUUUAGGCUGCUCUGGGCGAUAUUUGCCAUCCUUGUCAAGAGUUAUGCUAUGUUCUUCCCUUUAUGAAAAUAAGUCCAUGGAGAUGCCAUACAGAACGCACUGUCAUGUAUGUAACUCUUAUAUCCGUCCACUUCUUGACUGAACCAAGGUUCUUCUUAAAUACGUUGUAUUCUGUACUUUGAUUUUACCAGUCAUUUCCAUUCCUUUAAUAUUAAUGCAUUUCAUUAAGCAAAACGAAUACACAUUUGUGUGAUGUCACAGUUCAAACAAAAUAUAUUUUGUAUUUGAUGAGUUAUUUCUCACUAACUAGAGUUCAUUCAUAUCUCAACAUUUAUUGACAGCAUUUUGGGACGAGGAUUACAAUGGCAAAGGCAGAUUAAUGCUUCAACAAAAUGGAAAGGUACUUACACUAAGUAUCUUGGUACAACUAAAUGUGUAUAUGUGUGCCAAACUUUUACAACUGUGGUGCCCAUGUUGUAAAUGAUCAACAUUUUAACACAAAGAACCUUCAUUUGUAAAUCAGGUCAGUAAAAUUAAUAUCUUUACUGGUU